AAACGCAACCACGCGAACAGUGCACCAUUACGCACGUGCUCGGUGAGUUCCAGCCCAAUCUGAGCACAAAAUGGUCAUAUCCUAUCCGACGUUUUGCAUUCGCAGCGACGGGGCAGCGACCGAGAAUGUGCGCGACGGCCUCGUUUGGCCUCCUCGCGCGACGCGCUUUCGCACACAUGCGCGAGCGAACGACUGCGACCGCGCUCUACCACGCUCGAGUGCGCGCGCUGGCGAAGUUGCAUUUCGACGAUCUGCAGUUUGUACGAGGGGAACCUUGGGGCCGCGUCUGAGUUUGGUGCUAAUUUACACGGUUCUGAACAUGUAAACACUUCGUAUACGUGUAGAACACGACAUGGGGAUCUGCG